AUGGAAAACAUCAUGCAACAGAUGCGUGACAAUGUGUACACAUCCUGCGCCGAGGUUCCCUCUUCCGGAAUAUACACCAUUCAACCAGAUAACACCUUCAAGGAACCGAUCAGGGUGCUGUGUGAUCAAGAUUACGAAUACGGAGGCUGGAUUGUAAUUCAACAUCGCUUUAACGGAUCAACGGAUUUCUAUCGGAAUUGGCAAGAGUACAAGAAUGGAUUUGGAAAUUUGGAAGGAGAGUUCUGGUUGGGUCUUGAUCGUAUUCAUCAGUUGACAGUAUCAGGUCCACAUGAGUUGGUAGUCCUCCUGGAAGAUAUCGAAGGCAACAAGAAGUUCGCCAAAUAUGAUAAAUUCGAGAUCGGAGACGAAAACGAAAAGGUAAGAAAUUUUCUACACUCGAUGCGGAUAAUGAUACAUGGAGAGAAGAAAAUUGUGCAGUAA